UUUCUUUCUUUUUAUUUCUCCUUUUCUCAAAUCGAGCCUGUUGGUUCCGUGCAUCACAGCCAAUGCAGCAUCCCUAAUCAAUCCAUCAAUUGACCUGUCCAACAACGUGUCAAUCCAAUCAUCCGCAUCACACUGAUCAGUGCCCACACCAACCUCGACCAGCAAACCCCUGCUCCAUCCCCGUCUGAGCUUGCCACUGCCUGCCUGGUGGACCCCACCUGCUGUCGCCAAUCGUCCCCGAUCCGACCUGCCCCGGAUCCUGCAUCACAUCUGGACCAGUUCACGACACCCGUCUUCAUCCCUUUGAAGAUUGGGACAACCGGGAGAUGUCUGCUGACCUCUUUGCUGAGUUUGGCUCCUCCUCUCAGGAUGCGCAGCCGCAGCAGAGAGGCCAGUCCGCUUCUACACCUGCACCGCUCUCCUUCGACGACCCCUUCUCCUUCCUCGCCUCGGCCGACUCGAAACCGAACUCGUCCAAACCCUUUGCGCGGCCGGCGCAGCAGCCACAACAGCCAUGGCCUCGGCCUCAGCAGCAACAGCAAAACCCCGGCGCCGGCGGCCCGAUAAGCAGCGGUCUGUGGGACACACCGCCCGUGUCCGACUUCAGCGGCGGAGGAACGAUCAAUACCAACGGAGCCAAAAACACAGUCGAGGAUGACGAUGGCUGGGGCGACUUCGAGGUUGCAACCCCCAACGCUGCUGUUCCCGCGCCCUCGAAGCCAACACCAGGACACGCCCCCAGCUUCGAUACGCAUGCGGCCCCAGAAGCCUCUAGACCCAAGAACUCGGACCCUAACGUCCUUUUCGACGCCGACGACUAUGAUGGUGAGGCUGUCUCCGACGACGAGUUCGGUGACUUUGAGACAGUGGCACCCACAUCUUUACCGCCGUCAAGGCCAACGGCACCAGCCGCUUCCAUUAUAGAUUUCGGCGACGGUUUUGGCAAUGGCCCAGCCACCACGAGCGCCCCAAAAAAGGAGCCGCCCAGUAAAUUGCUAUCUACCCUCAGUUUCGGCGCGGUCCAGCCUACUGGCAAUGCAUACCCGCAGCCGCCAAAGUCCCCGUCCUUUCAACAGCGUAACCCCUUUCCUGGCCUUGCCGUGACGACGCCGAAAGAAGAAAAGUCUCAAGGUGACGCAGCUUUUGAAUCGAAGCUCAAAUCGCCCUCACCCGUGACGGUGUGGCCCAUGGUUGACAGCCAGCCCAAAAUUGACGAUACCCCUUACCAGGACAGCUGGGAUGCUUUUAACGGCCCCUUGUCCAAGAGUCAAGACCCCAACCCGGUGGCGAACCAUUCCUCCCCAGGGUGGGACUGGGACGCUGCCGACGGGGUGGCAUCCCCUCCAUUGCCCUCUACAUCUACGUCUAGUAUCACGAAGGGCAAAGGACCCGUAGCGAAUCCACCAGCGCAUGCUAAGCAGCGGUCCAGCUGGGACUGGAACUCGACAUCUCCUGCCCAGGCAGCCGCGAAGCCUCAAGAGCCAGUGGUUCAGAAACUGGACGACUCUGCCCCGCCGCCCACCGGUGUCCCUCCCCCUUCAAUCUUGCUCGCGGCGUUUUGCCCGCUCCUGGAGCUUCCCAACGACGUACUUUUCAAGCCGACUGCGGCCGCCGCCUCAUCAGCCAGGAGCCGAGUCCUUGCGGACCCGGCGACGGCAACAUUUCUGCGCGGCUAUCUAUCUCUGGCGACGGUGGCGGCUCGCGUGCUCGCUGGCCGGCGGCUACGCUGGCAGCGCGACAAGUUCUUGGCCCAGAGCAUGGCCAUCUCGGCGGCGCCGACGGUGGGCAAGGGAGGGGGGAUGAAGCUCGCGGGCGUCGACAAGGCUGAGACGGCGCGCGAGGAACGCGAGGCGGCCGACGUCGUGGCCGCCUGGCGGGCAAUCGUGGGCCGACUCCGUUCGGCCGUCUCGGCGGCCAACUCUGCGCUGCAGCAGGCCCAAGGUCACCAGCCGUUGCCCAAGAUACCCGAGCUAGUCGACAAGCCCGCCGUACAGACGGCCAAGAUGGUGCCGACGGCACCCAAAGCGUGUGUUAUCUGCGGGCUCAAACGGGACGAGCGGGUUAAGGGUGUGGAUUUUGAAGUCGAAGACAGCUUUGGAGAGUGGUGGGUUGAGCAUUGGGGACACCGCGCCUGCCGCAACUUUUGGAUCGAGCACGAAGUUGAAUUGCGUCAGAGAUGAAAGCUUGACCGCUUUCCAUGUAUCACAACGUUCCCGCUGUCUGCAUUUGUUUACCUGUCCACUAUUCGUCACGAUUGACACGGCUCUAGAACUUUGCGGGUUACCAUUUGGGAAGACGAAUACGUGUAUUGCUUUCUCUUAGUCCCAUUGGAACAUUCAGAAAUUUUGGUUUCAUUCCGGGCGGUAGGUUCAGCCAUUGGAGGCAUUUCUUGGGCACAUGACGCUUGACAGCCUCUCAAGCGACGCCACCUAUAGCGGAAGCUCCCCAAGUUGAAAACAUGCAGUUAGCGGACGGGAGCAGGAGCAGAAAAAAAAAAAAAGGAAAAAUCAAGCAAAAUCGGCAGCUUGCGGACAUCACAUGAGGCCCGAAGACGGAUGGGGCCGCCCAGGAUGGGUGGACUCCUCAUUGGUGGCCGCCUGCUGCGGCCGACGCA